AAUUCAACAAAGUGAAAUUAACUCGGCUUUGGCGUAUGCGUUUGCUUGUGCAAUUGUGUGUGUGUGUUUUUCUUUGUAUAUAGACUCGCAGAGCGAGACGCCCGUAUACGACGUCCGGACGGUGCGGCAGGUGCGCGAGUGCGAGCGAGAGAAAUGCUCUGCGGGCUGCAACUCUGUGUUAUUUCAGAGUUCCAGGCCAAACAUUCUGAUGUGCGGCCGAAUCUAAUCGACUUUUUGUGUGCAUCGCCCAGCACUCGCCUUAGUUAAUUAGUAAUUGCGAACGGGUCCAAUUAUGCACUAAAUUAUGGACUAAUCGGUCGUUUUUAGCGCACUCUCCUCCCAUUUGCACAUCCAUAUUCGUUUGCUCGCACUAAAAACGGUGAAAAGGACCAACCGUAAGACCAGCGAACAAACAAGUUCGAGAGAGCCAUAAACAAAGGACUUUGCACUGGGCACCCAACGGCAGACGGCUGGCAAGACAAGAUUAGAAGGAGCAGGAACAGGAGCCGGACCACGAUCAGGAGCAGCUACAACACCCGGCAGACAGUACAGCCACUGAGAGCGACGUGAACCAAUGGGCACCAACUCGGGAGCCACCGCUGGCAUCAACAACAAGCCGGUUGGCGGUGCGGGAGGAGCCGGCGUCCUUGGCGGCGGCGGAGUGGGCGGUGCCAACUCCUCAAUCGGCGGCGUCCUGUCUAACAGCCUGGGUGGCGGCGGCAGUGGCGGUCUGAGCAUCAGCGGACUGAACGCUGGUGGACAGAACGCCAAUGUUGGCGGCCUGAUCGGCGGUGUCGGCGGAAUGGGAAACGUGGGCGGCGAUGACGGUGGCAACGGGAUGGUCGGCGGCGGACCCAACAACCAGCAGGCCACCACGCCCCAGUACACAAUACCGGGCAUCUUGCACUUCAUCCAGCACGAGUGGUCGCGCUUCGAGCUGGAGCGAUCACAGUGGGACGUGGACAGGGCCGAAUUGCAGGCUCGCAUCGCUAUGCUCCUCGGGGAGCGCAAGUGCUUGGAAAGUCUCAAAUCGGAUCUGACGCGCCGCAUCAAGAUGCUGGAGUACGCGUUGCGCCAGGAGCGAGCCAAGUUCUACCGGUUAAAAUACGGCACCGACCCGCCGCAGCUGAACGAGUUCAAGCCUUCGAACGAGGACGCCGGUCUGGCCGGGGAGGUGGCCACUGAUUCGGAGGUGCCCUACAGCAGUGUCUCGAACACCACGUGGCGACAGGGCCGGCAGAUGUUGCGCCAGUAUCUGGCCGAGAUCGGCUACACAGACAACAUCAUCGACGUGCGCUCGAAUCGGGUGCGCUCGAUCCUCGGGUUGAACAACAAUGCAGAGCACGACGGCAGCGGCGGUGGUCUGGGCAGCGGACUUGGCAGCGGCACUGGCGGCGAGAACCUUAGCCCAAACAUCAACGGAAAUGAGAGCAACAAGCGAGCCUCGGAGACGGAAGGCCGUCAUACUCCCGCUAAAAAAGUGCAACAAUCGAUCGACGAAAUAAUCGUGGACACCGAGGCAGCUGUGAUGGCGAACUUUGAGUUCCUGGGCGCCACCGAAAUGUCAGACGACGACGAGAUAUCUGACGACCUGGAGAUGGUGGCCACCGACAAUGACGACACGGACGUGAAGUUGGCCAAACGCGCCAAGUCUGGCAAGGAUAUGCUCACCGAGGAGGUGGACGGCUCAUUGGGACUGGGCGAGUUGGCCCAGCUGACGGUAAAUAACGAUUCUGAUGGAGCGUACGAUGCGAAUUCCAAGGAUGGAACUGGCGCCAGUGCCGGCGGUGCUGGUUACCGCAAGACCUGGAACGCCAAGUAUACGCUUCGCUCGCACUUUGACGGAGUGCGCUCACUGAUUUUUCACCCCGAGGAACCGGUACUGAUUACCGCAUCCGAGGAUCAUACGCUGAAGCUGUGGAAUCUGCAGAAGACAGUGCAGGCCAAGAAGUCGGCUAGCUUGGACGUGGAGCCGCUGUAUACUUUCCGGGCCCACACGGGUCCAGUUCUGUGCCUGGGAAUGUCGUCCAGCGGGGAGACAUGCUACUCGGGAGGCCUGGACGGCAACAUCGAGUGCUGGCAGUUGCCGUCGCCGAACAUCGAUCCGUACGAUUGCUAUGACCCGAACGUGCACUCCGGCACGCUCGAGGGACAUACGGACGCCGUGUGGGGCCUUACCACCAUGCAGAGCAACAUUGUUUCAUGCUCAGCGGACGGAACAGUCAAGCUGUGGUCUCCCUACAACAAGGAGCCGCUGCUGCGCACCUACACCGCCUCCGAGGCGGAGGGUGCGCCCUCAUCAGUGGACUUUGUGCGGAACGAGGUGGACCACAUCGUGGUGGCCUACAACAGUGCCCACUGCAUCGUUUACGACACCGAGACGGGCAAGCAGGUGGUGCGGCUGGAGGCGGCACAGGAGAUGUCCGGCAACACGGGGAAAUUCAUCAACAAGGUGGUGUCGCACCCCACGCUCCCCAUCACGAUCACCGCGCACGAGGACCGCCACAUCCGCUUCUGGGACAACACCUCCGGCACUCUGGUACAUUCGAUGGUGGCGCAUUUGGAGCCGGUCACCUCGCUGGCCGUCGAUGCACACGGGCUGUAUUUGCUAUCCGGCUCGCACGACUGCUCGAUACGGCUGUGGAACCUGGACAAUAAGACGUGCGUGCAGGAGAUCACUGCGCACCGCAAGAAGUUCGACGAGAGCAUAUUCGAUGUGGCCUUCCAUGCCACAAAACCGUACAUCGCCAGUGCCGGGGCCGAUGGUCUCGCCAAGGUGUUUGUCUAAGAGGGACCACCACCUUCCAGGCCACGUCGGAUCGAACGAAUUCAGAAUUCGAAAUCCAUAGUGCAGAUUGCAGAUGCCGAAUCCACAGCCAGCAGCUCACAGCUAAGCGAUUACGAGUUCGAGUUAAAUAAUUAUACAUACAUUAUAAAUAUACUAUACAUUUAAAUCUAAUUAUACUUCAACCGAGAACAACAACCAAUUAUGCAUACAAUAAUAAGAGAGGGAUGAAACCACAAACAUAAAAACCAAUUGCUAUAAAGUAAAACAAAAAAAAAUAAAUUCAAAACGAGAAACGGCAUUUCGACAAGAGCAACAGAGUCAAGUAACAGACGAGAGUCGCGUAAUCUAGGAACGUAAUUAUAAAGCAAUGCAUAAUACGGCAUAUAACCACAAAUAAGUGCAACAAAUAAACAUUAUGUAUUUGUUAAAAUAACACACCGUAGCAAUGAAAGAGUUUGAUCUUGCUGUAGAUUCCCCGAACAAUGGGCGGGAUCAACCCAAGAUCGACCCUCUUUUCGGUUCUAGUUUUAAUAGCACCACUUGCACAGCGAUUGUUCGAAAACGAGUCGCCUAUGAAUCAGUCAGACUCCUGUACAUUUUAUAUACAUACACAACCACACACAUAUACAUAUAUAUAUACUUAUUAAAUGCCCAUGGCACAACUUGAAAUUGGAUCGUCUGGCUGGACAGAUUCAUAGGCACCCUCGCUGGGCAAGUGACAGGACACGUUUCCUUCCCUGCAGGGCGAACGAAUGCGUCCUGCAGCUAGAGGAAAGUGGAAUAAAACAUUUACGUAACGAUGUAGACGAUCAAAUUGAAUAGACUAAGCAAGGCAUAUACACAUAACCAACCAACCAUAUAAACCGACCCCAUAUUAGCGAAAAAGCGAGAAGAAAUUGUAUAUUAACAUUAAUUAGAGGACAGUCGAGGUGAGACUAGGAUGAAGACGGGUUAUUAAUGUCGAGAAGCGAGUCGAAAACGCAACCAUACAAAUCGCGAUGUGAAACGAAAACCUUUAAAACUAGAAUGUGCAGAAUGCUUCUAUAAUUUCUUUUGUAAUUACAAAGGGAGUACGCAAUGCUUGAUGAAUUACGACCAUGUGCAGAUGAGAUAUAAAUAAUAUUUGCAGGCAAAGCUAUAAACCGUAUGCUAAGCUAUUUAUUUAAUUUAUGCGUAGUAUUAAAUGAAUGAAACAAGCAAAAUGUUGGCGCCAAUCACUGAUCCAAUGGAUUUCGUAGUUGAAUAUAAAUUAGAUUCGCUUAACAUGGAUGCGUACUCGUAAUUUUAAUCAAGAAAAUUUACGUUGAAUGAAGAUUUAGAAAUGUGACUUGAACGUGAACGCCGAGCAACUCAAUAUUAGUUUUAGUAUUACCAAUUAUUAUUACUAUUACGUGAAAACUUUCACUGACACACUCUCCACACACUUUACACCCAAAACUUGAUAUUCGAAACCGAUGAAUCAGAAUCAAAAAUCUGUUUACACCAAGCAAAUCCUCUAUUAUUUUAAUUACGUAUUUUAAUUUACGCCUUAGUUGUUACAUUCAAGAACCCGAAUCACGUUCUGAAUCCCCCAGUGAUUCAAAACGCUGAUGAGAAGAUGACGAUGAUCGCGAUGGUAAUAAUAAUAAAAGUGGUUGACCAGCAAGCGUCUACUCACAGUUAUAUAGCAGAUUUAUACAUUUACUUAUACAUAAAUCUAUUGAUUUCUAAUUUUAAUUGUAAAUUUUUGAUUUUUUAUUACCAUGUAUUUUUAUUUUAAAUAAAGUUUUACAAAAUGAGCCGUGUGA